GAAGCUGUCCAGCAGCUGAGUCAACUAUCUUGUCGUUUUGCCGCUUUAGGAUGAUGUAGAGCAUCGAGGAGGGCAGCGAAGUCUACCACAACAGACAUCUCUUGAGGAGUCUGAGGCCGUUGAAAGUGUAGGCAGGGGCGGGGGGACUCCGUCAUAUCUUAUGUGUGUGCGUGCUUACGUGUUUUACUCACACACACAGAGAGAGAGAGAGAGAGAGAGAGAGAGAGAGAGAGAGAGAGAGAGAGAGAGAGAGAGAGAGAGAGAGAGAGAGAGAGAGAGANGAGAGAGAGAGAGAGAGAGAGAGAGAGAGAGAGAGAGAGAGAGAGAGAGAGAGAGAGAGAGAGAGAGAGAGAGAGAGAGAGUUGGGGAGGGGUGGUAUUAUGAGGAAGCAGGGAAUGGGGACUGGUGGGGGAGCAGGUGUCGGCUCCUUUUCCCAUUCCGGAACGGCGGGAGGAAGGGAUGCGCUGUUAGAGGAGUUAAAGCAUUUAGACGAGACGGUGUCUAGGAGCAAGCAGUUUGAUCCAUCCAUCUUGGCCUCGUACGGUUUGAGCCACAGUUUGUCUUUGUCGGCGGCAUCAUCACUGUACAAGCAGUCUCCUAAGCGCCCCCCCUCUGGGGGGCAUGGAGACAAGGCCUCCGAUGCCAGCAAGGGACUCGGUGGUCAGUCUUCUAGGUGGAAGAGUGGCGGCUCCGGUGGAUUGUUCUCUAAAUCGGGCCUCGCCAAAACCCAAUCUGCCUCCAACUCUUGCACUUCCUCUCCAUCUCGUUCGUUCACCUCCUCGUCGGGUUUCUCCAAGCUACGAGGCUCCGCAUCUGGUGGAGCACCUGAUCCGGCGGCGGCGGCCUCGCUGCCUCAGUCCGGCGAGUUGUCCGGCCCUCUUGACGCUCCUCGCCACCGUCCUUUGUUAAAACCGUUUUCUUUCUCGAAAGCCAAGAGCCGCGGCGGCAAUGGCUUCUUUCCGUACGGACUCACCCCGUCUUGCUUUCACGUUAGAACCGACGAGUCGCUCGAGGGGAUUACCUUACCGGCGAGGUCGCAGACUAUGCCGGUGCAGAAGACUGCCAACGGGAAAGCAGGAAUCCCAUUCGAGAGGCAGAGUAGUUUGGAUAGCAGUAAUACUAGUAGAAGCGGGUGGGCGGGUCAGCGGGAUGGCAGUGACGCGUCCGAGAGCACCGGGCAAACAGACAGGUACGGAAGAGGGCUUUCUAAAGGAGAAGGAGGUGCAGCGACUCGGAAGUCGGACAAAUCAUCUUACUCUUCCUCAUCUUCUUCGUCCUCUCCCUCCUCCUCCUCCGCGUCUUCUCCUGCCGUCCCUGCUUCCAGAAAGGUAGUGGCGGCAGAGAGGCGAAACUCCUCGACAACAUCUGGAGUUGGGAAUGGAGUUUCGAGUACUGGGGCUAAGCUAAACCCGCGUGAUGAAACUCAGCACGAGGUAACGUCGAAGCUGCGCUCGUCGUCCUUUAGACGUUCGACAGAGACAGAACAAGUAAAACAGGCAAAAGGAUCCGCAAGAUCAUCGUCGUCGUCGUCUUCCUCCUCUGUUUCCGUCUCGGCCGCCGCCUCUCCGCUCCCUACAUCCGCCGCUUCGGCAGAAAAACGACGAACGUCUGAGCGGUCUGUAGUUGCGUCCACUUAUCCCGCUGUCGCUGCAUCGGGUGACGUGGCUUUUGCUAGCGCAUCUGGCGAUCGCUUGAACGGGAGUGAGAGCAAUGGCGGCGAUGCGGCGAGAGCCUUCCCCAGGGAUGAGAAUGGCUCUGGACGUGUGUUGUCUGUCCCAGCAGCAGAAGCGGAAGCGGCGACCGACCGUCGUGAAGAAGCAGCAGCCUCUGUGGAGGAGGAAAGGAAAGCGGACGAGACAACGGAGCGUGGCGCGCGUGAUGGACAUAAGAAAGGAAGAGAGGAAGUCGGCCUCCAGGCCUUUUCUGGAAGAGGCGAGUUGCCUUCUGCCGUCUCCUCGUCUCAAGACAGCGGCUCGAUGGGUCGAGAUGUUCCCGGAAGUGAUGCAUCUCCGUCGGAAGCUGCUUCUUCUCAGCGAUGGAGGAAAACCGGCGGGCAAAGCGAAAGCCCUCUCUCGGUAAGCAACAGCUUUUCGUACGACACGUCGUUGCCCAAUAUCCCGUUUCAUCAGAAUGAGAACGGCGGCGGACCCGGUGUCAAGAAAAUGGGCUCGAUCUCCGAUUUCUUCCACCGACGCCAUUUCUCUCUGAAUGAUAAAGCGGCAGCGAAGAAGUCGGGAAGUGACGACGACGGUAUUCCAACGUCGGCACCUUUUCCGAGUCUGAGGGAGGAACGCCUGUAUGCGCACGGGUUUGGAAGGUCUGAGUCAUUAGUUACGGGAAGAAAGCUGGGAGGGUUUUUCAAAUGGAAGCCGUUGCGCGCGCUGGCGCGCUUAGGACACCAUCGUUCCGCGUGCACGUUCUCUCUCCAUGUGCGAGGAAUCGAGAACAUGUCUUUUAUUCCUGAUGGCAAGAUGGUGAUUGUAAGGUGGAAGAGAAAGGAGACCUGCACGGAGACACGAGCUGUGGCAGUGAAAGGCGGACACGCCUCCUUUGACACUGUUCUUUACCUCGACUGCACUCUCUAUGGCAAAGGUGGGAGGUCUAAGAAGUACUUGCCCAAGACCUCCAUGCUGCUCGUGCUGUUCUCCGACGCUAAUGGGGCCGUUCUGGGAAAACACCAAGUUGACCUGAGUAAACUCGUCCCUUCCUGCUUGAAAGAGCCCUUAACCAAGCGAUUGCCAUUGACAGGGCCGGGGGGUGGAGCCUCUUUGGUGGUAACUUUCGGUCUUGUCAGCGAGUCAGCCGAUCCGCUGGACACUGCAGGCCGCCAUGCUUACGAGGACAAGGUGACGAAAUCAGUAGCGGCCAUGAAGAUGCAUUCUCAUGUCGCGUCGCAGCCACCGGAUGCGUGCGGAGAGAGGGACCUGAAAGUGAGAGCGGCGUCUGACAUGACCAACAGAGUGGGAUCUGACACGACGGUCAAAGUGGCAUCUGACGCGAGAGAGAGCCAAGAACGAGAACCAGAGUCGCGGACGUCUUUCUUGCGUGAAGAGCAGAAUGGUGGUCUUGUGAACACCGGUAGCAGUCUUGAGGAUGAGAAGGCGGGGUCGGCCUGCAGCACGACCGAGGGUGAUGAGGCCACCAACAUGGUCCGAGAAGCAUGCUCGACAGCGGAGUUACUGGAAGAUGCAGUGUCGUCGGAGCCGAACAAGGUUGAGGCGUCGGCAGUUGAGGAACGGGAGACGGACGCGGUGCUUAUAGAUGUGGACUCGGAAGAACGGGAGGAGGAAGGCGAAGUAGAAAAGACUGAAGCGCCCACCCUGGAGGAGGAAGGAGAAGUAGAAAAGACUGAAGCGCCCACCGUUGCCGUUGGGCCGAUGGUCCAAGAACUUGCUUCUUUGUCGUCUUCUUCUGGGACGAAACCGAACGAGGUGGUCGCUUCGGCGACAACGUAUUCUUCUUCUUCUUCUUCCUUUGUUGGGUCAGCAUCGCCAUCACCAUCUCUCUCUUCGUUAUCGUUAGCGUCGCCCACGCAACCUCUGGCAUCACCUCCUCUGCCUUGGCCGACCCCUCCGUCACUGUCACAGGCGGUGCCACCAUCGCCGUCGUUGCCGUCGACUGCCUUAACCACCACACCCACGGAGGAUCCGGAGAAAAGUCCGAUCAAACUUCUGAUUGAGAGUUUCUCGGGCUUGGAGAAAGGAGGCGGAGGUGGAGGUAGUGGUUCGUGUUCACUAACAUCGAUAGCGAGCGGAGAGGAUGAAAUCGUUUCCUCCCUGUCCUCCAUCUCGUUCACCUCGCCGUCGGCCUCCUCCUCCGCUCAUGUGGCUGAAGAAGAGAGCGUCCACGAACUCAGUGGCGACGGCGUCACUCCAGGCGAACGGGAGAUUCUGAGCGAUACGGGCAAGAAGACGGAACCGGUCUCGGUACCAGGGACUUCCUCGUCAGGUGUUGAGGACCAGGUGAUGACGGUCGAGAAGCAGGAGAGCGCUCGACCGGCAGCAGCAGCGACGUCGGAACUCGUCGAGGAAGGCAGCCUAGCGUUGUCAGUUGAGCGGAGCGACCAGGGGAAAGCCGGCUUGAUGGGCCCUCAGGCUGCCAGUGGAGGAGGAGAUGAAGGCAGCGGGAUGGCGAGGGAUACGAACCCGGAGCAUCCUGACGAUGAUGGGGUUUCGACGGGAAUAACUACCGCCGAAUCGCUCCCGGCUAGCGGCGGUGAGGAAGAGGAGGCUGUGAUGUCUCUAUUGGCGAGCGUCAUGGGAGUGCAAGCGAUCGAGGUCAGUGGACUAGAAAACACCGACAGCCUGGAACAUAGUUUACGCGCCGGUGUGGCAUCGAAUGAGGUGCCAGCGGGGCGGACGGAGAUGGUGCCGGGCGGCGGUUCAGAUCAGCUUAUGAGGGAGAGAGUCGACUGUAAGAAACGCCAGGAGGAGGAGGGGGUGGAGGACGAGGAAGAUCCGUUACUUGAUGAAUUCUUGAACAUGUUAGUCGGAUCGAUGAGCGACGACGGUCGGUCCGUCGAUGGAUCGGCUUCGCGGAGCUCGCAGUUGAUGAAAGAACUUGGACUCGAAGAAGAUGACGAACCUUUUUCUUCUUUCUCUUCCUCUCUUCCCACGCAACAGCAGCGACAGCAUAAGCCGCCGCCGCCGCCGCCGCUGCCGCCGCUGCCGCCGCCGCCGCAGCAGCAGCAGCAGCGGAGCCCCUGGGAUUACAACGACCAUUCGUUCGAGUUUCCGAUCUUGAGCGGUGCCAUACCGGACGGGUUUUCGCCGCCGGAAAAGAUCAGAUCUGGGGCUUUAACAUCUGUAUUGGAUAGGAAGGAGUACACCGAUCCCUGUAACCCUGUCGUUGAAGGAGGAGCCAAAGCUGGAGGAGAGCCGAGAGGGAAGGAAGGUGCGCCUAAGGGCAGCAGCAAGGCUUCGCUCGGAGAUGCUGGCCGUGCCGUGAGAUCAUUUUUUCGCUCGAACAAAAGUGGUGCUGGUGCCGGUGCUGGUGCUGCUGCGACGAACAAGAAGAAGACGAGGACGAGCGUGGAGUUAAUGGAGGACAAGGAGACAGAGGACCUGAUGAGGAAGUUUGGCUUUGACAAGCAAUUCCUCGAGUCUGAGAACCUGGACAGACUACACCCGGACAACUCUCGCAUCGUCAAAGGGUCUAGCCAACGUAUCGUGAACAUAGCGGGCGCGCUAGAGGCUGCUGUCGCGGCUUCCUCGCUCGGCGUAGGGUUGGGCUCUGUGAUUCCGACCCGCGAUGGCGGUAUGCUGAGAAUGCUCACUCCUCACGGCGUGGGUGGUGGAAAACUUGUGAUGCAAGUAUCGAGACCUGUCGUCGUUCCCGCGGAAAUGGGGUCGGACUCGAUGGACAUCGUCAGAAGAAUGGCGAGAGCAGGAGUGAACGGGAUGGUCGUGCAGGCAAUGAUGGCUAUGCCUCUUGACGACCUGGACGGCAAGAAGCCUCAUCAGGUGCACGCGGAAGCGAUGGCGGCUCUCGAGGGAGGCAAGUACUGCAACGGGCUGAGCCAGGGCAUCACGGAUGGAGGCCGUACGAGUGUGGUGGAGUUAAGUGAAGGCGCGAUGGUGAAAGCGGGAGUGUCCAGAUACGGGAAAGAGGACGAGGAGAAUGGAAAGGGGAGGGAGAUGUUGCAACUAGAAGACGGACGGAGUGGGGAGGAGGAGGGAGGGAGCGGGGAAGGAGGAGCGAUGGUGAAGAGGGAGAGCGGUGGCGCGAUGGUGACUAUUGCAGGGAAAGGAGGAGGAACGCUGGUGGUUCGCCGGAACGAGCAGGGACAACUCGUCGGCCGUAGGAUGGGGGAAGUCGGAGGGCAAGUUGUCGUGCUAGAUGAGAAGGAGGUAGUUCUCCAAGGAGGCGAUACGGAUAGACAACAUGGUGGCGGGAGAUUUGCCGCCGUGAACCGAGGUAGGGAUCUCUACCCCGGAGAACUCGUAGACGACUGCGUUACGUUGGAGGAGCUCGUGCCUAUGGCGAUGGAAACCAUCGAGGCGUUGGCUCUCGAAGGGCUCAGGAUUCAAGCCGGUAUCAGCGAGGAAGACGCGCCGGGCACGAUGGAAUCGCUGCCAUGGAGGAGGGAAGCGCCGGGAGCUAUAGCAGCAGGGGGAGGAGUGCGCACUAAAGGAGGCGGGGGCGCCGGGCACGUAGAAGGAGCAAGCAAUGGUAAUGGUAAUUCAAUACGAGGGCUGAUUGGAGGAGGAGCCUCGCUGCUGCUUCUUGAGGAUGGAAACCGAGAGGAGAGCAUGCGAGCGCUCGGGGAAUGGAAGUCCGUGACAUCGUCCUCUUCGUCGUCCACUUCGUCGUCCUCUUUGUCGUCGGCAGGGAGCGCGGGUAAUUUCAUGUCUAUGGCGAUCAGUCUAGAUGAGUGGAUGCGUCUGGACGCGGGAAUUGCGGAUCCUCAAGCCGCCAACGAGGAGGUGAUGUCUGUCUUGUCUCUGCACGAGCGCGCGCACGGGCCUGUAGACAGCGGCAUUUUGCAGAAAAUCACCAACGGCGGAGGUGCCGACAUCCGCGGAGGAUGUGGGGAGGGUGCCGUCAUCGCGGUGCCCGCGAGCAGAAACGGCCUCGUGUAUGGCAGAAGCGCGGAAGGCAUGCCAAAGAGUGGCGGUGGGCACACAGUCGUCGUCGGCGGCGGCGGAGGCUGUGGAUUCAUGGGUAACACUCUGACGCUGGCGAUGCUUGUGCAGUUGAGGGACCCCCUUAAGAAUUACGAACCCCUCGGAGCGCCCAUGUUGGCAAUGGUGCAGGCCGAGAGGGUGAAUGUGCACCCUGCUCUUCUUGACAAGGAGAGGGUGAAUGGCGGAGGAAAAGGAGGUCCUCUGGAUGAGACGGACGACGGGGGGAUGCGAGACGAACCAUGCCAAAAUCCGGGAGAGCAUCAUGGGAAAGAGGAUCGUCCUCGCUUCAAGAUAACCGGUAUACACAUGUGUGGACUGAAUCAAGCAGCGGAGACGACGAGCAAGAAGAAGGGCUGGGGUGGGCAGAAGCAACAACAAUCGGGAUCUCGAUGGCUGUUAGCGAACGGGAUGGGGCCGAAAUCCAGACACCCUUUCCUAAAGACGAAGCCUGUACCUUCGCAGACGAAAGUCAAGGAAGGGGAGUCGUUGUGGAGUAUCUCCGCGAAACUGUACGGUAGUGGCGCGGAGUGGAGGAGGGUGGCAAAGCUGAAUCCACACAUUCGAAACCCAGAUGUAAUCUUCGCGAACGAGACUCUGCGCACGAGAUAGGCAAGUGCGGGCCGUUAUCGAGUAUAGAAACAGUGUAUGUAUAAUGAUGUGUUCCCUUGUCGCACGUUCCCUACUAGUAGUAACGUGUUCAAUUAUUACGUUGGCUGCUGCGAGGGUGCAAUCCGCCCUCACUGGCACUCAGCCUCUCAGCUUGGUCUUCACUCAAGCUGUCUGUCAUAUGCCUCUGCCUCUGUCUCCCUUAGCUUAUGAACGUGCCGAGAGGGGGGAAUAGUGAAACCCAGAAAGCGUUAGUAAUUCGUUGGUUCGGCCCUUUUUCCCUUUUUUUUUUUUUCUCUCCCGGCGACCUCACGUUGUCAGGUGUAGUAGUGUAAAUACCACCACGUAAACAGGGUGGGACAGGACAAACCCCAGCGUGCGUGCGCACGUUCGCAAUAGAAGAAGGGUGGGUGGAGAAACUUAGUGCGUGUGUAUCUUCGUCGAUGUACCGAUGUUAUCUUACGUCCCUAUCUUUUGUGUCUGCUGCAAGAUUACCGUUUGGAAGCUGAUGCAUGUACACAAGCUGUUGCAAUACGUUUCUGUGGGCCGUCGCUGAGCGCUCAUCGGGAUGAAGGAAAGUAGUGUAUUUCCCUUCGAAUCUUCUGGAGGAGGAUCUCGGUCUCUCUCUUUCUCUUCCUCUCGUUCUCUUGCAGUCGAUGUGGUUAUUCAUUGUGGGGAUGAGCAGGGUCUCAGACGGAUAGAUGAGUGGAAAAGGGGUGCUGUAUUUAUUUCCCGGAUAUGCGGGGCUUUGCUUUUCAAGCAUAGACCCAAAUGUAAAAGAGGAGUUGCAGAGUGCCGCUAGUAUGAAGUAGCAGACUGUGCGUUGCAGAGUGCCGCUAGUAUGAAGUAGCAGACUGUGCGUUGCAGAGUGCCGCUAGUAUGAAGUAGCAGACUGUGCCAAUGACUCAAUGAGUGUAAUUGUUCGCCCAUAGGUUAUUAGAUGAGUUCGGACGGUCAGGACUUGUGUACAGUACGAACGCACUUGUCGGCCUGCAGCCAGCAAUCAAUUUACUGUGCAAGUUUGAGAGAGAGGGAGGAGGGGCGGCAUAGGAGUAUUAUACUUGUAGGCACGGAGCUGCGAUCAAUUGACUGCAAGUUUGAGAGAGAGAGGGAGGAAGGGUGGCGUAGGAGUAGUGGGGUGGUUAUACGGGAGAGCCUUGCGUGGAGGCAAGGAGUUGCUCUGUUAGAAGCCUCCUCCACAACAAUAGAUCGUUUCUUGUACGAUGGAUCUCCAGCAGGCAUUAACCAGUCUCCCCUUACCUGAACUCAAGAGUCUAGUUCCUCCAAAUUUUGCUUUUUUGGCACACCUGAAAUCAUUGAAGAGCGUAUCUGAGCAUCUCUCACGGGAACUCUAUGCCUACUCUGCUAAAUAGCUGGAGCCAGUCGGCCUUUACAUGGGUUCUUACUGCGAAGUAAGGAAAAGAAAGAAAUAGAGCCUUCUUCAAGUUUCAAAGCUGGGAAAGAUUGGGUCGGUGGUGCUGUUAUAUUAUCCGGCGUGGGAAGAGGCAAUUGUUUUUGUAAUUGCCUUUUCUCUGCCAGGUAUAAUUGUGGUAUGUGGUCGUUUCCAGCCAUCUGGGCGUCCGUGUUAUGCGGCUUGUCCAAUUGCCUUCAGGCGAGACCAAAGCAGGGAGUGGGAGGUGAAAAGACAUCUUCUGUUCGUAACAUGAAGUUCUCCUCCUCCCUGAAAUUGAAGAUAGGGCUGUGCUAUCUGCAGCGUUUGGUGGUGUACGCAUGUACGGGGGGGGCGGGGAGAGAGAGAGAGAGAGAGAUGCCUCCUAGUGUGGAUGGUAGCGAAAUGUACCGUUGCGAUGCAUGUUUUCGUGAGAGUAUUUUGGGUGCAGCGGAGGGCAUCAAGGUGUAAUUGAUCAUAUUGGAGGGAACUGGGCCAUUCGAUUGGAUGACUGGGACUGUUUAAUGAAUGGUAGCACGGUCUGCGAGGAUGACUGCAUCCAAGCUUUGCUCACUCUUCAGGGGAGAGGUUGCUGCUCUUGCGGAAGGGCUCAGCUCGUGAGAGGACACGGAUUGGAGUUAGCAGGUUUGGAGGCCUGGCAUACCGGCAGAAGCUGAAAGACUCUGUUUGGAGCCUCUCAUUGCGCCUUUCUACCUGGUCUGUUGCGGGAAUUCGCAUGCGUUUAUGAAGGAAGGAUGGCGGUUCAUGGCAAUCAUUCCUUUAUGAAGAUGGUGUGUGGUGGGUGUCUUGGAUAUUCCGACGAUAGCAUGUCCGGUAGGAGAGCAUCUGAAAAGAAGAGCAGCACAGGAAACCGCCGGAGUUGAAGACACUGACAAACAAAGUGGCUUCAUCAAAGAUUGUUCGUUUACACUCCGGAAACAAAUUAGGUAAGUUAUGUUUUAUCUCUAGUGCUAUUCUGGACGAAUUGGUUUCUAGCAGGCCCAUGAUGAGAUGAAGAGAAUAUUAGUUGUGGUCCACAUAUAUGGCACAGGUGGACGAAGUCGCAAUGUGUCGUACCGUCUGUUUUUACUGCGCGCAAAGUCGUAGGGGGUAGCAUGGUACAGUUACGGUAGGUAAACAGAGGCAGGUUAUCCUAGUACGAGUUAAAGAUGAGGUAUGGGAGGUAGCCAAGGUAGGUGUCCUUGUAGGGGGCAUGGAUUAUGCGGUCUGCUCUCUGCUGAGGUGUGCACUUGCAGUCAGAUUGCAAACCAGCGGGCUAGUAGCCUACUUAUUCCUGCUGCUGCAGCCGCUGCUGUCUCAUCAUGUUGCAACCCGUAUUAUUUUGUCCUUGUCACGUCCGCCAUAGAAUUUUUUCCCCUCUCCCUACCCCCUGCCUUCCCCCCUCCUCCCUCGGCCUUCCCCUUUCCCCCCUCUUCUCCCUACCUUCCCCCUCUUCCUCCCCCUUCCGAUCCCCCUCUCCUUGUUUCCUUUGAGGGAAAUUCGUCCGUUGUAGAUUGCAACUUUGUACCAUACAAAAGGAAUCUUUUGAGAAGGAUAGUUGUGAAGCAUUAUGGUCACUAAUCU